UGUAGGCCUAGCCAUAAGAACCGCCACCAUGUCCUACACAAACACAAUCAUCUCCUCUUCCUCCACGUCACACCUCGUACUCUUCCCUUCUUCUCUCUCUUCUUAACCAAAACACUUUACAAUCAUCCUAUGAAUAUUCUCAACAAACUCGGCUUCGGUUUUAAGCCCACUUCCGACCCCGCUUCCAUGGAGAAUUCUUCAAUCGCUGAGGGCCCUGAUGACGACGUCCCCGCGCCAGGUCAGCUAUUCGCUCAAUUCGGUGCUGGCUGCUUUUGGGGUGUGGAAUUGGCGUUUCAGAGAGUGCCUGGUGUUACCAAAACUGAGGUUGGAUAUAGCCAGGGGUUUUUGCCUAAUCCUAGCUAUGAAGAUGUUUGUACUAGAACUACUAAUCAUAAUGAAGUUGUGAGGGUUCAGUAUGAACCUAAAGAGUGCAGUUUCGAGACUUUGCUUGAUGUUUUUUGGGCUAGGCAUGACCCCACCACGCCUAAUCGCCAGGGUAAUGAUGUGGGAAGUCAAUACAGAUCUGGUAUAUACUUCUACACCCCUGAGCAAGAGAAGGCAGCGCAAGAUUCUUUGGGACAUCAGCAGAAGCUUUUGAAGAGGAAGAUUGUUACUGAGAUUCUGCCUGUGAAGAAAUUCUUCCGAGCUGAGGAGUACCACCAGCAGUACCUUGCGAAGGGGGGGCGUUUUGGAUCUAAGCAAUCUACUGAAAAAGGCUGUAAUGAUCCUAUUAGAUGCUAUGGCUAAGUUUGUCCUGAGUCUUAACAGGCAAACAUUGGGUUAGUUGGACAUCUUGUUCCAGAUUAUGAUUUGCUUUUAAACAUGUCUGUUGUUAUUAUACUUGAGCUCUUAUAUUUGCUUUAGUAACAAUACUUAAUGCAUUUAGUUUCAAAACACACUUACGAAAUUAGUAGUAGACUACUAAGAAAUUGUUUAUACUUGUGUGCUUUACUGUUUGUGUAAAGGUUAUAUCUAUCAAUUGGAUCUAUUUGGCUUA